AUGUCGCGUAGUUCCAGACUUAGAACAAGGACGGUCGGAGCUGAAAGGAGCAGGAGCUCAAAACGGGGAAAAAGCGAGGAAGAACUGGAUACAUAUGGUCUGGUAGAAGAGAAUGGGGGACGUCCUUUUCAAUUAAUAGAGGGAUUGCCAUGUUCUAUAGAGCUUCCGCAAUAUGCGUCGACCUUGACGCAUCCUCUAUCAGUGAAAGACUCUGCUGUCCUGUAUAGCUCCAUGCUCAGUUCGCGACGAACCUGGAUCAGCUCUGAGAUGUUUGACAUGCUGUGGUCUAAACAGUACCUGAGCCCCAGCGAGAAAGAGCGGCUUGAGCAGGAAGGCAUUGAUCCCGAAAGUGUGGACGCCAGUGCUGCCAGAGAGAAAAUGCACAAGCUCUGUGACUGCGCGAUGGCUGGGGGACCACACGCCUUCUCCGUCAGGUUGUUCAUUCUGAAGAACGAUGAGAUUGAAAAGAAAUGGAACGACGCCAUCGAACAGAAGCGGAGAAACAAAGCAGACCGUAAAAACCGGGAGCUGGAGGAAAAGAAGAAGAAGCAAGAGGAGCGCAAGCAACAACAGUGGAUAAAAAAGCAGGAGAAAGAGCACGGCACGAGCACCGCAGCAGACUCCAGCAGGAAUUCUGGGUCGACAGAUGGCGCCAAAAAACCCGUGAAGCGCAGAUCACGUAAAGAGGACACUACGCAACAGCGGUCACGCUCCCACACUCCUCGCCAAAGGAAAUCCGUACCGCAAUCAACUGAGGACCAGAAAAUGAUCACAAAUCUGAACCUUAUGGCACAGAAGAAUCCUGAGCUGAACUCACUGAUGAUAGUAGUUGCCGGGGGAAGAGCGUCGACAGACCAGGUGGAAGAGUUCAAAAAAUACAUCGAAAAAGCACGUAAGAUGCCUGUUCCGCCUGGUUGGAAGCCGACCGCUAAUGCUUCCUCUUCAACUCCACAGAAGCUAAAGAGUGGAGGUAGCGAUUCAAGCCUGGAUAGAGCAGAUUCUGUGGCAGCGCCUGCGCGGGCCGCAAAGUCUUUAGGCGCAUCACAAGUGAAGAGCGAGGAGACAGCGCAGCUUUCGAGUGAAACCAACUCCGCUGGCGGCACGGCUGAGCCCAGAAAAAAGCGAAAGUAUACCAAAAGGAAGAAUGUCGACACUCCCGUUGAACCAGAGGACAAGUCCAUGCAACUAACUACGUUUCAACAAAAAUACAUGCAUAAUGCUGACAUUGUUUUUGAGUACGUCGAAAAUCCAAAUAAAAGAUUCAGUUUACCGAAAGACGCAAUAUUAGAGCCGCUUGAAGAUGGGGAAUCAUACUUGAUGUCUUGGAUUCUCAUACACAACAGAAAAGAGCUGGAGAAGUACAAGGAAAAGAGGAAAAAGACCUUAGACAAAAAGGCCAAGCCUGAGAAGACUGCUGAAGUUUCAACUGAAGAUUCAGCUAACAAAGAAGAGGAAGACGACUAUGAUAUCUUCGAAGAUCCCAAAGCACCAGACCCCCUUUUUACGCCAAUGACUGUCAAAUUCUCGAAUAUUCAUAAAAAGUUUCAGCCAAUAAUGACGAACAGCGUCAACCCAGCAGAGAAAGUACGAAAGCGCAUGUCUAACAUCAUCGAGCGUGGAACGAGACUAUCUGGGUAUAACCUUUGGUUCCAACUUGAUGCUUACGAUGACAGCGGUUUUGCAGAGUCGCUACGGUGCGAUUUAAAAGACUACGAGUCAGGAUUUAGAAGCAAGAGACAUAGAAAGCAACUUUGA